UAGUCCGUGCAGAAGUGUGCAGAAAACCCCGUGGCUCGGAAAGAAAGCCCUCUUCUCAUGAUCCGCCAUUAGGAGUGAACCGGUGGUGGAUUAAACGCCAGGAUGCAGAUUUUCGUCAAAACCCUCACGGGGAAGACCAUAACCCUCGAGGUCGAACCCUCGGACACGAUCGAAAAUGUCAAAGCUAAAAUCCAGGACAAGGAGGGAAUUCCUCCUGACCAGCAGAGGCUGAUCUUCGCUGGAAAGCAGCUGGAAGACGGACGCACGCUGUCCGACUACAACAUCCAGAAGGAGUCAACUCUGCACCUGGUGCUGAGGCUGAGGGGUGGAGCCAAAAAGAGGAAGAAGAAGUCGUACACCACGCCCAAGAAGAACAAGCACAAGAGGAAGAAGGUCAAACUCGCUGUGCUCAAGUAUUACAAGGUGGACGAGAACGGUAAAAUCCACCGUCUGCGGCGUGAGUGUCCGGCUGACGAGUGCGGCGCCGGCGUCUUCAUGGCGAGUCACUUUGACCGUCACUACUGCGGGAAGUGCUGCCUCACUUACUGCUUCAACAAACCUGAGGACAAAUAAACAACGUCCACAAUAAAGACGCAAAUCAUUUGACACAAA